UGGCAGGGAAAGUGUUACAGUUGCAGGUUCAGGUGCUUGGUAGUACUAGUAAGGUGUGUGCAAGUGCUAGGACUUCCCUGAACACCUGUUUCCCACGCUCUCUACUUUUUGCAAUAUCAAUACUGAUCAAAGGGCAUAGCCAGGGCUGGAUCUGUUCUGUUACCUCUUUUCUAGUUUCAGUUACAUAGAACAUGGCCCUGGAGCUGGUCAAAUCUCUGCAGGAUCCUCAGCUGGUGGCCCAGUUCCAGAGGUCUUGUGGCCUGACCCUUCAUCUAAAGGGUGAGGCUAAUGGGGCUGCUUCAGGGCAUUCCACUGCCUACAGGGCAAGCACAGAGAAGACUGCAGGAGGGAAGGGUGUUCCCCAGGAAAAUGGUCACAUCUACAGCAAUGGAUCAUAUGCAAAUGGGACACAUAGGCAGGGUCUAAAUAAUGGAAACAUUGGACUUCAAGAGACCUAUGCCACUACUUCAAGCCAUCAGGAACAGGUCAGAAAAUAUGUGGUGCACAACUACUUGCUGUAUUACAUCUUUAAAUUUGCUGCUGCUCUGGGACAAGAAAUAUUUUACAUCACAUUCCUGCCUUUCACCUUCUGGAACAUCGACUCCUUCAUUGCAAGAAGGCUGGUUGUUGUCUGGUGUAUUGUCAUGUACAUAGGUCAAGCUUCAAAAGAUCUCCUAAAGUGGCCUCGUCCUUCCUCUCCUCCUGUGGUAAAGCUGGAAACCAGGGUGGAAGCAGAAUAUGGAAUGCCAUCAACUCAUGCUAUAGCUGCUACUGCAAUUUCCUUCACUUUCCUACUGGCCUCAAUAGGACGUUAUCAGUUCCCGCUUGUCCUGGGAUUUAUAGCUGCCCUCUGUCUUUCUACGCUAGUGUCCCUCAGCCGCUUGUAUACAGGGAUGCACACGGUUCUGGAUGUUAUUUGUGGAGUUUCCAUUGCCCUGUUUUUUUUGGCAGCAACUUUUCCUGUGUGGCAUUUCAUUGAUCAUCAACUUUUGACAAACUCAAUUUGUCCAGUGAUAGCUGUAACUGCGGGUUUCCUUCUGAGCUACAAUUACCCAAAGCUGGAUCACUACAGUACCACCAGGGCAGACACAACUGUCAUACUGGGUGUUGGAGCAGGGACCUGUGUAGGUGUCUGGUUAACCAAUCAGUUGGGCCUUACUUACACUCCAGCUGGUGAUUUCCCACUGACUAUCCCACCAAUAACAUUUAACCUGUUGCUCAAGGUCAUACUGAGAUUUAUUCUUGGUGUUUUCCUUCUGGUUGUCACAAGGUAUGUUGCUAAAACACUAUCUCUUAAAGCACUUGGCUCAUGGUACAAAGUUUCAAUGCAUGACCAGCUGGUGAAGCAAAGGCUUGAAAUUGAAGUUCCUUAUAAAUAUGUGACAUAUACAUCUAUAGGAAUUGUAGCAACAGCUAUUGUUCCUUGGUUAUAUCACAUGCUGGACCUGUAACUAUGAUUUGUCAGAGAAUUGACCAGAUCUACAUUCUAAAAGAUGUUCUUCAAUGAAUAUAUGAUGAUAUUCAGGAACCGUCGCAGAAAGAAAACCAACAAUGUUUUCCUGUAACAUCAAAAUGUGGAAUGAAACCAUGUCGACAACCAAGAUUUGUUUAUUUUUUUCCUGAAUUCGGAUAUAUCAACAUUGAACUUGAUUUCACAUUGAGCACCAAUGUCUCAUUUGAUAAGCAACUUUGUGCCAAUCUUUGUGAACUAUAUAUUGUAUCUGUAUAUAGCGAAAGUUUACAGAAUUUGUAUUGCA